AUGCCGAACGUUGGACCCCGGAUGGCCACGACGUACGCGAAGGCCGAGCACGCGAGGAACAGGGAGGUGGUGAUCAUCGCCUACGGUUCGGAGAUGAACUACCCCGAUGGUGAAUCGCCGGAGAACUCGUACUGCGCUGGACACACGGGGAUCGUACAGGAGUAUUGUCGCUGGGCUUUUGGCAAGGAGAACUUUACCUUUCAGACGGUGGACGUUCGAAAUCUCGGCAACCCGGCGGUCAACUACGACGUUCUGAAGCACCUCAGUAUUGGACAGAACGGCAUGUGGCAAGCGCUGGUCUUACUCAUUGGACUCAUCUGGACGUGGUUCGAACUUCGUGGGCCACAGCAAAAACUCGCGUUGUUCUUGCACUGUGCGAAGGGCAAGCACAGGGCGGCUGGGACCGGAUCGCUUCUUUCGAUUGCCACCGGUUUCCCUUGUUAUUUCCCGACGUUCAACUUCCCCAACGUCUGGGACGCGCGGUUCUACUUCGUUCGACUACCCGCUGUUCUGCCGGACUUGGACGAAAUCAACGACUUCAUUCUCUCCGCGGCGGACUGCGCGAAGUACCCCUUCAAGUCCGAACCUCGCCGAGAACUCGCCUGGAAGAUCUGUCAGGUCAAACACAACCUGGUCGAGCCGGACUCGGACCUCGCCACGUGGGUCUAUGAGAACAACCUUCAGGACUCGCAGGACAACGAGGGGUACUACUCGGACACGGAGGAGGAAAAGGUUCUCGCAGACUUCAGAGGCGAGAACAGGACAGUUCGACGGACCAGGAGAAGGCGAAAGGCACCCACGCCGGACAACGCUGAUGAAGAGGAGGAGGACAAACCCGUGGAGCAGUCGUCGAGCUCGGACGAGGAGGAACAGGAACCGGCGGACAUGAAAAAGUUCGAGAACACGAAGAUGUUCCCCGGAGAAGCUGUGGACGAUGAUGGCUUUGUUCGUGUUAACAGAACAGGCAAGGGCAAAAAGCUCGGUCUGGACGACGACGUACCUCCCAAGAUGUGCCCGGAGAACUACACCGCGGUGGACAUGAUCGAGUUCGCGCUGUACAAGGCACGCCAACGCGGUGGACAAGUCGCCGGUGGACAACCUCUGUUUGGAGAUGGCCAAGGAGAGAGAGUCUUGGCAGAAGAAAUAGCCACUCUGGUAGUUAUCUCUGAUUGUUGCAUUCCACAGCCAGUCCAAGAACGCGCUGUACUCCUUUACAAAGCUCCAUCGGUGGCCUCCGCGAUGGCCCUGUACAAAAACAAGUUCGACGAUCAUGCCAUGGCUUCUCUCGUUGAGCAAUCCCCGUGGGGACGUGUCCUGGCCCAUGACAUCGCCAAACAAAUGCGCAGUAAGUUCAUGGACGGCGAUAUCAGGAACCCGUCGAACUAUUUCCUGACGAACAUCAACACGAAGGCCAAACACGCGAUGCACCCGAGGAGCGACGACGAGGAGUUCCAGGCGUACAAGACGGCCAAAUCACGCCGGGUCCAGAGACAGGCCAGGGGGGCAGGCGAGGGACCGAGGGACGGCUGGGAGCCGGUGAGAUCGCCGAGCCAACUCAACCAGCACGACCUACCCGGUGGACUUGGUUGGGAACGUGUCAUGGACUCGCUGGACGACGACCAGAACCUGGUCAUCGAGGGUCUGCUGAGGAGGCAAAGGACGGAGGAGUUGAAACGCGAGGGCGUUGACACGCCGGAGCAUGGCGCAGGACACCCCUCGGUGGACAGACCUAAGGGUUCUUUCGUGCCGGACAGCCAGUCUUGGUGCCCACCCCAGCGGCCACCCAUGCACGUGGAGAACACGCCGGACGCACCCCCCAUGGCCCACCACGGCCCUCCACUGCCUCGUGGCCCACCCGCCGGACGACAACGCGACGUGGAGCAGAGCGCUGGACACACGAAGGCCCCGGCCAAGGCACCCGCUGUUCCCUCCAAGAAAACCACGAAGGCCGAGCCACCAUCGGAGGACGAUCGGAUGUCUGUGCAGUCCGCAGGUCAAAAGUCGACGACGUCCAAAAUGGGGGUGCACUCGCAGUUCUCCGAUGCCACGUUGGACACCAGUCUGCCUGGAUCCGCGACGGCCACGACAAAGGACAAGGACAAGGCCAAGCUGCUCAGGGCCAUGCAGAUCGCAAAGGAAGAGAUGGAGGCCAAAAAACUCGAGGUCCAGUUCUUGAAGCUGCAAUCACAGCUGGAGGACCCGGAGGACGAAGAUGAAGAUGUCGACGUCGAGGAACACCCGGUGGACGACGACGACGACGUACCUGAAUUUCCGGCGGACGAUGGCACAACGGGCGAUGGCGAGCACCCGCAGGAGGAAGAGAUCCACCCGAAGGACGAGGACCAGGAGGAGGAGGAGGAGAACGCGGUGGAGGAUGCGCCGGUCGACCCCCCGAGGACUGUUCCUGUGUCUGGACCGCACUAA